GUCAAUCCGCCAUUAUGUUCCGCCAUUUUGCUUGAUUGGGAGUGAACGUAAAAUAUUGUUUCUAUGUAUUCUAACGCGGAAAUUAGUUAUCUUUAAAAAAAUUAGUGUCUCAACACACUAAUGGCUUGCUUAAAUACGCUUAAGUUAGAAAUCAAGACCUUAGAACAUGUGUUUCCAAAAAACCAUGAGCGGUUUCAGAUAAUGUCAGCGAGUGUGGACGAAUUGACCUGCAGAUUCGUUGGCAAUAAUGGAAAGAAAUAUGAAAUCCAUGCAAAUAUUACCGAGACAUACCCAACCACACCACCGGUGUGGUUUGCUGACAGCGAGGACCCCAUUGUGACAAAUGCUGUUCAAAUACUAAGCAACACACAGGGCAGAGAUAAUCAUGUUAUAAAUCAGGUGGGUAUAUUAUUGAGGGAAUUGUGCAAAUUACACGGAGUGCCGGAGCCCCCUGACUUGGACUCAUUAGCCCUUCCAGUCCAUCCUGCACCACAACAGAGAGUACCAAGUGUAACUUCCAAUGGAGCGGAAUCAGGCACCGAGGAAGAUGAGGAAAUGGCCGCUGAAGAGGAUGACUCUGAAGGAGAGGAGGACUUGCCACUUGAAAUGGUUGAUGAUGCUGGACGCAGCAACAAGGAUGAAAUGGAAACAGAGCACCUAGCGACAUUAGAACGGCUGCGACAGAACCAACGGCAGGAUUACCUUUCUGGCAGUGUGUCUGGCAGUCUGCAGGCUACGGACAGACUGAUGAAGGAACUGCGCGAUAUAUACCGAUCUCAUUCAUUCAAAAACAAUAUGUACUCUAUAGAAUUAGUGAAUGAUUCUUUAUAUGAAUGGAAUAUAAGACUACGUUCAGUGGAUCCUGACAGUCCGCUCCACAAUGACUUGUUGCUGUUGAAAGAGAAAGAGGGCAAGGACUCCAUUCUGUUGAACAUUAUAUUCAAAGAAACGUACCCUUUUGAACCACCUUUCGUGCGCGUCGUUUAUCCUAUUAUAUCAGGAGGUUAUGUGCUAGUUGGCGGGGCUAUUUGUAUGGAGCUGUUGACGAAGCAGGGCUGGUCAUCCGCAUACACAGUGGAGGCUGUGAUAAUGCAGAUCGCAGCGACGCUGGUGAAGGGCAAGGCUCGCAUACAGUUUGGUGCGACCAAGGUCGUCUCGCAGACGCAGUACAGCCUUGCGCGUGCGCAGCAGAGCUUCAAGUGCCUCGUCCAGAUACAUGAGAAGAGUGGUUGGUUCACGCCGCCCAAGGAGGACGGUUAGUUUGUCGUCCGAAUGUAAAUUAAGUUUAAUGUGCGACAUCAACGCCCGUAUGAAAGAGACAAUCUUAUUAGUAAAGUGAUUUGUGAGCGGCAUCUCCGUAAUGUAAUUCCAAUGUUUGUUUCUCGGAGGCUGCGGUGAAGUUAAUCUGUGUACCUUGAUCUGUAUGUUAAGUGCUGUAACAUGAGUGCGGGGCGUUGAAGAGAGACUCUACAAGACUUAUAGGAAAUGUUUAAUGUCUAACGUUUUUUGUAAUCCUUUUUUUUUCGUCUCUAAACUUCGAUGAUACGAUAGCCCCCUACGGAGUGUGAAGUUGGAUAAAA